AAGGAGACAAAGGAUUUUCAAACCAAAUUUUUUUUAAAAUAAAAUUAAGGGCCCAUAGCCAUCAUCACACCGUUCCCCACCACUAUUUGCCAUUUUCAAAUUACACUGUUUAUUUUUUUUUUGUUCUUAAUUUGACAGCUUAAGAAGAGAAAAAAGGAAUCAAUCAAUCUUGAGUGAGAAAGAGAAACCAGAUGCUGACUGAAUAGAUUUGCUUUCACUAUACUUAAGAUUAGCAAAAAGUAAAAAAGCAUAGAAUUUUGCAAUUGAAUCCCAACCCUCUUCUGAGAUUCAACUGAAUUUCAUUCUCUUGGAAAUUUCUCACGUGCUGGAUCAUGUUGGGACACUGUUUAUGAAUAGUUUUUGUGAUACGAGGAUUAGAAGAAUACUGGGAUGAUUUGGAGAUUGUCUUUUGUGGCCUGAUCUUACGUUGGCUCUACUGAUCAUAAUAAGUUGAGAGGCCCUUUGAUACUUAUAACAGUUUUACUGAGUUUAUGUUUGAAUGUUGAAGCGCUUUGUUUUGGUGGUUGAUGAUGGUUUCAGUGAAAAUUCGAUGUUGCAUUUGUUGGUGCAUUUUAUUGCGAUAUCUUGUAACGUGUGUGAUCUCUCAUAGCACGGAGUUGAACAAAAGUGACUCCCUUAUGUUAGGGGAAGGAUUAAAUCAUCCUCAUUCGGGAUCAUUUUUAAGUGAUGGAACUCAAACCAGUGCCAGUAGUCGACCUGAAGAAUUGAGAUUUUCUAGCCAGACAGCUGAUUUUGCUUCUUGCGAGGACUUGGAGGGUGUUGGAUCAUUUAAUUCUACAUGUUUGCUCAGUUCAAACCUGCAUAUAAAUGCUGACAUUUAUGUCGUUGGCUCCGGGAACUUGGAGAUACUUCCUCAUGUAUCAAUUGUUUGUCCAGUAGAAGGCUGUACAAUAAGUUUCAAGUUAUCAGGCUCUGUUAAAGUUGGUCAAAAUGCGACUAUAGUUUCUGGCACUGUUAUUUUUUCUGCUUUCAAUCUGACUAUGGAACCUAAUUCUUCUAUAAAUACGACAGCCUGGGGGGGAACACCGCCUUCUCAGACUAGUGGGACACCAGUUGGCAAUGAUGGAGCUGGUGGAGGGCAUGGUGGCCGUGGUGCUUCCUGUCUGAAAACAAAUCAAACAAAUAAUUGGGGUGGUGAUGCCUAUUCGUGGACAACUUUAUCUAGUCCAUGGGCUUAUGGUAGCAAGGGUGGUGGCACGUCUGAUAUACACGAAUAUGGGGGAAAUGGGGGCGGACGUGUUUUGCUUGAUGUAAAGGAUAUUCUUUAUAUAAAUGGAUCUGUGUCUGCAGAAGGUGGAGAUGGAGGAUCACUGGGGGGCGGGGGAUCUGGUGGAAGCAUCAUUAUUCAAGCUCAGAAGCUGAAGGGAUUUGGUAUCAUAAGUGCAGCUGGUGGGAGGGGAUGGGGUGGAGGUGGAGGCGGAAGGAUCUCUUUGAACUGUUACAGCAAGCAAGAAGAUGUGAAGGUCAUCGUGCAUGGUGGAUGGAGUAUUGGCUGUUCUUGGAAUGCUGGAGCAGCAGGUACUUACUUCGAUGCAUAUGUACUGAGUUUACGAGUUGGCAAUGACAAUAUAACAACAGAAACAGAAACUCCUUUGCUGUAUUUCUCUACUAGUCCAUUGUGGACAAAUAUCUAUGUGGAGAACAACGCUAAAGUUCUAGUGCCUCUGUUUUGGACAAGAGUUCAGGUGAGAGGCCAAAUAAGUUUGUAUUGUCGAAGCAGUAUCAUCUUUGGAUUGUCUGAGUAUCCAGUCUCAGAGUUUGAACUUGUUGCAGAGGAACUUCUAAUGAGUGAUUCCGUGAUACAGGUUUAUGGUGCAUUUAGAGUAGCUGUCAAAAUGUUACUCAUGUUAAACUCCCAAAUCCAAGUUGAUGGUGGUGGAAACACUGUUGUUGCUACCUCUGUUCUUGAAGUCAGGAAUCUUGUUGUUCUUAAGGACCACUCUGUCAUCAGUUCAAAUGGAAACCUGGCUCUAUAUGGACAAGGACUUCUACAGCUGACCGGUCAGGGUGAUGCAAUUAAAGGCCAGAGACUUUCUUUGUCACUAUUUUAUAACAUUACCGUGGGUCCAGGAUCUUUACUUCAAGCUCCCUUGGAUGAUGAAGAGAGUAGAAGCUCGAUAACUAAAUCUCUUUGUGAGAGUUCAACAUGCCCGGUGGAAUUGAUAACUCCACCAGAUGAUUGCCAUGUUAAUUACACACUGUCCUUUUCACUGCAGGUCUGUCGUGUUGAGGAUAUUUUGGUGAAUGGAGUUAUGAGGGGAAGUAUUGUUCACAUCCACAGGGCAAGGACUGUUAUUGUGGAUUCUGAUGGCAUGAUAACUGCAUCAGAAUUAGGUUGCAGGAAUGGUGUUGGCAGGGGAAAUUACUCAAAUGGAGCUGGUGCUGGUGCUGGACAUGGAGGAAGAGGGGGGUCUGGAUUUUUUAGUGGGAAGCUGAGUGAAGGCGGUCCCAGAUAUGGAAGUGCUGAUCUUCCUUGCGAGUUAGGUAGUGGAACAGCAGGACCAAAUGAGUCAUAUGGAUAUGUGGCUGGUGGCGGAAUGAUAGGUUAGCAUUUAAGCUAACUCU